AUGCCGUGGAGGAAGAAUCUGUUGGAACGCGACGUCGAACCGACCUGCUCUUGUACUGAUCCAAUUGCCGCCGAGUGGGCAACCAACAAAUUCUUUGCCGAUGCUGCGACAUCUGCUGCGACCCCGGCCGGUUAUUAUCAAGCUUUCAACAAUGGACAAGCAUGGAUCUCAGGAGAUGGAUUUAUUGGACACACGACAAUUGAUGAGUACGACAGCGGCAUAUGCGCGGCGAUUUGCGAUAGCAUUGACGAAUGUUCCUCGUUCGAAAUCUACUUUGAGAAGGAAAUUGGUGGACCAGCUCCGGCAAUCAAGUGUUCUUUCUGGGCUGGGGCGAUUACUGCCACUGGCUCAAGCAGUGCGAAUGCUGUAAUUGCCGGUUGCAACGGCUACACCAACAGCACCCUCACAAUUCCUAAUGGAUUUGAUGUUCCGGUUUUCAUGGCGGGCGCGGCAAUUCAUCCACCACCGACUCCUGGAGCAUUCAUUGGCUCAAAGAUCUUCUAUGGACCAUUCGACACAUCGAAUUGCGCCGACGAGUGCAGCGCAGUUGGUUGCAAAUUCUUCAACACCUACGUUCUCUCUAAGAAUGGUGUGAGCCAGGGCCAAUAUUGCGACAUGUACACUCAACCAUUUGGGCCAGAAUGGGCAACGGAAACCGGAAAGUCAGACGGAAACACAAACUUUACCAUCUCUCAUAGCUUCACCUGUGGUUCGGCUGGAGACAAACGUGGUCAGGACCUACCCAACGGCGCAUCCAGCGUUCCACCGACCGCGACACCUGUCAACAGCAGUGGCACAGGAGGAUCUUGGGAAGAGCAUCAUCCUUGGCAUGGAAGUAGCCCUAAUGCAGGCAGCGGUGCGAACAGUGCAAGCGGCGGCCCAAGCAGCUCUAAAAGUGCAUCUUCAGCGGGACCUUCUAAGGCUUCGGGAAAACCGGCAGGCAGUGGUCCCGGUCAUACUGGACCCUCACCGUCUACUUCGAUACCAAUUUCUCCAAGUAAUAAGCACCCGCAGCCUGGAGGUGGCACGAGGACCACGGACUCGUCUCAUACGACACCACUGAAGUCGGUUUCCGGCACGCCCCCGGGAAAGCCUGGGAAUAACUCGGGAAAACCAACCAGCUCGAGUGGUUCUUCGACUCAUAUUUCCGAAGGCGACCCAGGACAUUCAGACCCCGUUGACGCAACCAGCGCCGGGCCGACCAACUCCAGACCAGGACGGCCCACAGGAAACACUGGGAAUAACUGGGGAAAACCAACCAGCUCGAGUGGUUCUUCGACUAACAUUUCCGACGGUGACCCAGGACACUCAGACCCCGUUGACGCAACCAGCACAAGGCCGACCAAUUCCAUUCCAGGACGGCCCACGGGAAGUACAUCCAAUGCGGCUCCUUGGGGUCGUCCUAGUAGCUCAGGUGCUAAUCCCGUGAAACAUCAUCCUGGAAGCACUGUCAAGGUAUCCGGAGUUCCAGCUGCUUCAACCUCGAACGCCGUGCCAAAUCCAGGUUCUUCUGAAUGGGGCGACUGGGAUGCCUGGAGUACUACUACUUACUCAGGUCAAAGCCCAACCUCCUUGCCCGUAGAUCCUGUCUCUCAAGGAACGAGUAGCCUCUCGACGCCUGACGCAGUUAGUGUCGAUCCUGCCGGAACCUCGACUCCCACAUCACCAGUGUCGAUCAACUCCGGUAGCACCUCUCAUCCUCUCCCGCCCAGGUCAACUGCUGCUUCUCAUUCGGAGGAGUGGCUUGACUGGACAAACUCAAAGAGCUCUAUACCCGCCAUUUCUCAGUCUACUGGCCCUACUACUCCGCAGACCAUCGCCGGGUCAACAAGUGGAAGACCAACGAAUACUCAACCUCUCCAGACACGGCCUUCAGUCGAUCCUUCGAGGCCUGGUAGACCACCUGCCUAUACUACGACUAAAACUUCGUUGGGAAACACAGUUGCUGCAGCAAGUACCAAAUCUUAUGAUGAAAGUCAGUGGCUCGAUUGGAACGAGGCUCAGUCGUCAACAACUCCGGAACUGUCUCCAACCACUUCGAAGAAGCCUGCUGCUGCCGCAACCACAAAGACCAGUUCUGUACCCGAUGGCCGGCCAGGACGGCCAGGACAGCCAACUCGACCUCCAGUGGGCCGUCCACAGACCACCGGGACAACUAAGGGAAGCACACCCACCUCCACCACCAAAUCAACCAUCCCUGCUGCACCUGCUGCGACUACCAAGACUACUACUGUUCCCAACGGCGUGCCAGGGCGUCCCGGUCAACCAACUAGACCUCCAGUCGGUCGGCCACAGACAUCACCAGACCGAGGUAAUGGUGGCUCCAGUGAUUGGGCCGACUGGGGAGCGUCCGUAGGAGAAAGCUCCUCGGACAUCUUGACGACGACGACGACGACAUCAUUGAAGCCACUCGAGGCUGCAACGACGAAAUCUACAACUACCUCUCCUGUUGGUCCUGGCAGACAGCCUAUUACUCGGCCGACGCGCCCCGUGGGAAGGCCGCAGCCAACACUACCUCGGUCUCCCACUACAUCUAGCGCUUUGCCAGUAGGUGCUCUUACCACAACCUCGACGGCAGAGGAGUCGAGGUCCUCUGGCCAUACUUGGCCAUCGCACAGCGGAACGGAGGAAAUAUGGCUAGACUGGACUACUUCAUCGACUACUUCGAGUUCUCUCAUCGUCGAUGGACUUACUACAACCUCUUCUCCUAGAAUGGGACAGGAGAGAUCUGGUUAG